CCCAAAUUCCCCCACUCUCCCGCCAUCAUGCCUCAGGAUAUGCCCCCAACGGGGGGCUACGCCCAAGUCCAGUACAAGCGGAACCUCCCUGCCCGUGGCUUCAAGCCUUGGGUUUACAUGGUUGGCAUGCACGCGAUCAUGGCUUACGGGUUCUACAAGUACUUCCACGGUGUCCGUGAGCAACGUGAGCUUUCUCGCGAGAAGAUGUGGUCCCGUCUGUACCUCACUCCCCUCCUCCAGGCCGAGGAGGACCGUGAUCAGGUCCGCCGCUACUACGCCGACCAGGCCCGUGCUAAGGAGCUCGGUAUUGAGGACAAGGUUUACAACUCUGACCGCUUCAUCCGCCCUACCUUCGCCAUUACUCCCAGCCAGGUCACUCAAUAA